AUGCGCGCAGAAUGCCGAACCGACGUGAGGACGAGCCUACCUCUCGAUUUCGCCACAGCAUGCUCACCUCAUCACAGGCUCUCCUUCACCCAGGGACUCAUCAUCGGCCAGCUCUCCGUCAUGCUGAUCCUGGGUGCCUUUAUAAAGUUUUUCAUCUUCGGCGACCCCCCCUCACCCGACGUGACGGCAUCCAUCAGGGCGGCCGAGCGGAGGGCUAGAAGCCUCGCUCACAAGCACUCGCUUCCAAGUCUCGACGUGCCCAAACAACGACAGUCGCAAGGGCAGAUGCUUGGGCGCAAGAAAUCGAGCGUUUUGCGGAACCAGCCUGCGCUCACGACGGACUCCAUCCUCCGCAAGACGUAUUACAACGUGGAUGGCCAUCAGCCCGAAAGCCUCGACUGGUUCAACGUGUUGGUGGCCCAGACGAUAGCUCAGUUCCGUAGCGACGCCCAGCACGACGACGCCAUUCUGGACUCGUUGACCAAGGCGCUGAAUGGCACGACGCGGCCGGAUUUCAUCGACGACAUUCGCAUCACCGAGCUCAGUUUGGGCGAGGACUUUCCCAUCUUCAGCAACUGCCGCGUCAUUCCCGUCAACGAGGACGGCCUUUCCGUCGGAAACGGCUUCAAGUUUGACGCGGCGACGGUCGCGAGGGAGGGCAGCCGCCUUCAGGCCCGCAUGGACGUCGAUCUGAGCGACGUCCUCACGCUCGCGCUCGAGACCAAGCUCCUCCUCAACUACCCGAAGAAGCACUCGGCCCUGCUGCCGAUUGCCCUGUCGGUGUCGGUCGUCAGGUUCAGCGGAACGCUAUCCGUCUCCUUCAUCCCGAGCAACCCAUCGCAGUCGACGCCGACCAUGAUGACCUUUAGCUUCCUCGACGACUAUCGGCUCGAUUUCUCCAUCAGAAGCCUCCUGGGCAGCAGGUCGAGGCUGCAAGACGUGCCCAAGAUUGCUCAGCUGGUCGAGUCACGCCUGCAUCGGUGGUUCGACGAGCGCGCCGUCGAGCCCCGCUUCCAGGAAAUUGCCCUCCCGAGCCUCUGGCCGAGAAAGAAGAACACGCGGGGCCCGGAUGAUACGAUGACCGAGAUGGUCGGCUCCAUAGGCCGUGCCAAAGGCAAGGAACUCGGCCGCGAGCUGCGGGACGAGGCGCGGCGACGAGAUGUCACAACUGACGAGGAAAUCAUGGACGCGGCACCGACGCUGAAGCACCGCCGGCCCCACAUUGCAACCGGCGAGGAUGACCUCCCCAUGCCUGGCUCGCUCGCAGGCGUGCAGAUGGGCAGAUGA